ACUAUCGAGACCACUACUGGUUUACCUAACACAACUACUACAGAGACCACAACUGGUUUACCUAACACAACUACUAUCGAGACCACUACUGGUUUGCCUAACACAACUACUACAGAGACCACUACUGGUUUGCCUAACACAACUACUAUCGAGACCACAACUGGUUUACCUAACACAACUACUACAGUGGCCACUACUGGUUUGCCUAACACAACUACUAUCGAGACCACUACUGGUUUGCCUAACACAACUACUACAGAGACCACUACUGGUUUGCCUAACACAACUACUAUCGAGACCACAACUGGUUUACCUAACACAACUACUAUCGAGACCACUACUGGUUUGCCUAACACCACUACUACAGAGACCACUACUGGUUUGCCUAACACCACUUCUACAGAGACCACAACUGGUUUGCCUAACACAACUACUAUCGAGACUACAACUGGUUUGCCUAACACAACUACUACAGAGACCACUACAGGUUUGCCUAACACCACAACUACAGAGACCACAACUGGUUUACCUAACACAACUACUAUCGAGACCACUACUGGUUUGCCUAACACCACUACUACAGAGACCACUACAGGUUUCCCUAACACAACUACUACGGAGACCACAACUGGUUUACCUUACACAACUACUAUCGAGACCACAACUGGUUUACCUAACACAACUACUAUCGAGACCAUUACUGGUUUGCCUAACACCACUACUACAGAGACCACUACUGGUUUGCCUAACACCACUUCUACAGAGACCACUACUGGUUUGCCUAACACAACUACUAUCGAGACUACAACUGGUUUGCCUAACACAACUACUACAGAGACCACUACAGGUUUGCCUAACACCACUACUACAGAGACCACAACUGGUUUACCUAACACAACUACUAUCCAGACCACUACUGGUUUGCCUAACACCACUACUACAGAGACCACUAGAGGUUUCCCUAACACAACUACUACAGAGACCACAACUGGUUUACCUAACACAACUACUAUCGAGACCACUACUGGUUUGCCUAACACCACUACUACAGAGAUCACUACUGGUUUGCCUAACACAACUACUACAGAGAUCACAACUGGUUUACCUAACACCACUACUAUCGAGACCACUACUGGUUUGCCUAACACCACUACUACAGAGACCACUACAGGUUUGCCUAACACAACUACUACAGAGACCACAACUGGUUUGCCUAACACAACUACUAUCGAGACCACAACUGGUUUACCUAACACAUCUACUAUCGAGACUACUUCUGGUUUGCCUAACACAACUACUAUCGAGACCACUACUGGUUUGCCUAAAACCACUACUACAGAGACCACUACUGGUUUGCCUAACACAACUACUAUCGAGACCACAACUGGUUUACCUAACACAACUACUAUCGAGACCACAACUGGUUUACCUAACACCACUACUAUCGAGACCACUACUGGUUUGCCUAACACAACUACUAUCGAGACCACAACUGGUUUACCUAACACAACUACUAUCGAGACCACUACUGGUUUACCUAACACAACUACUACAGAGACCACAACUGGUUUACCUAACACAACUACUAUCGAGACCACUACUGGUUUGCCUAACACAACUACUACAGAGACCACUACUGGUUUGCCUAACACAACUACUAUCGAGACCACAACUGGUUUACCUAACACAACUACUACAGUGGCCACUACUGGUUUGCCUAACACAACUACUAUCGAGACCACUACUGGUUUGCCUAACACAACUACUACAGAGACCACUACUGGUUUGCCUAACACAACUACUAUCGAGACCACAACUGGUUUACCUAACACAACUACUAUCGAGACCACUACUGGUUUGCCUAACACCACUACUACAGAGACCACUACUGGUUUGCCUAACACCACUUCUACAGAGACCACAACUGGUUUGCCUAACACAACUACUAUCGAGACUACAACUGGUUUGCCUAACACAACUACUACAGAGACCACUACAGGUUUGCCUAACACCACAACUACAGAGACCACAACUGGUUUACCUAACACAACUACUAUCGAGACCACUACUGGUUUGCCUAACACCACUACUACAGAGACCACUACAGGUUUCCCUAACACAACUACUACAGAGACCACAACUGGUUUACCUUACACAACUACUAUCGAGACCACUACUGGUUUGCCUAACACCACUACUACAGAGACCACUACUGGUUUGCCUAACACAACUACUACAGAGAUCACAACUGGUUUACCUAACACAACUACUAUCGAGACCACUACUGGUUUGCCUAACACAACUACUAUCGAGACCACAACUGGUUUGCCUAACACCACUACUACAGAGACCACUACUGGUUUGCCUAACACAACUACUAUCGAGACCCCAACUGGUUUUCCUAACACAACUACUAUCGAGACCACUUCUGGUUUGCCUAACACCACUACUACAGAGACCACUACUGGUUUGCCUAACACAAUUACUAUCGAGACCACUCCUGGUUUGCCUAACACCACUACUAUCGAGACCACUACUGGUUUGCCUAACAAAACUACUAUCGAGACCACAACUGGUUUACCUAACACCACUACUACAGAGACCACAACUGGUUUGCCUAACACCACUACUACAGACACCACAACUGGUUUACCUAACACAACUACUAUCGAGACCACAACUGGUUUGCCUAACACAACUACUAUCGAGACCACUACUGGUUUACCUAAUACAACUACUACAGAGACCACUACUGGUUUACCUACCACCACUACUACCGAGGCCACUACUGGUUUACCUAACACAACUACUACAGAGACCACAACUGGUGUACCUAACACCACUUCUACCGAGACCACUACUGGUUUACCUACCACCUCUAAUACCGAGACCACAACUGGUUUACCUACCACCACUAAUACCGAGACCACAACUGGUAUACCUACCACCACUACUACCGAGACCACUACUGGUUUACCUAACACCACAACUAUCGAGACCACAACUGGUUUGCCUAACACAACUACUAUCGAGAACACUACUGGUUUAUCUAGCAUCACUUCUAUAGAUGCCACAGGUAAAAAGGGCACUACUGGUUUGCAUACCACCACUACUACCCUGACCACUACUGAGUUGCCUACCACCACAACUAUCGAGGCCACUACAAGUCUGCCUACCACCACUACUACCGAGGCCACUACUGCUUUGCCUACCACAACUACUACCAAAGCCAGUACUGGUUUACCUACCACAAAUGUCACAGGUAAAAAGGGCACUACUGGUUUGCCAACAACCACUACUAUCGAGGCUCCUACUGCUUUACCUAGUAUCACUUCUAUAGAUGCCACAGGUAAAAAGGGCACUUCUAGUUUGCCUACAACCACAACAACUACCGAGGCCACUACAAGUUUGCCUACCACCACUACAAUGGAGGCCACUACUGGUUUGCCCACCACAACUGCUACAGAAGCCAGUACUGGUUUACCUACCACAAAUGUCACAGGUAAAAAGGGCACUACUAGUUUGCCAACAACCACUACUACCAAAUCCACCACUAGUUUGCCUCCCACAACUACUACAGGGGCUCCCACUGGUUUACCUACCACCACUACUACCGAGGCCACUACUGGUUUGCAUACAACCAUUACUACUGAGGCCGCUACUAGUUUGCCUACCACUACUACUACCGAGGCGACUACUGGUUUGCCUACCACCACUACUACCGAGGCCACCACUAGUUUGCCUACCAUCACAACUAGCGAGGCCACUACUAGUUUGCCUACCACCACUACUACUGCUUUACCUAGCACCACUUCUACAGAUUCCACAGUUAAACAGGGAACUACUGGUUUGUCAACAACCACUACUACCAAAGUCAGUACUGGUUUGACUAUCACAACUACUACCGAGGCAACUACGAGUUUGCCUAACACAAAUACUACCGAGGCAACCACUGGUUUGCCGACCACAACUACAACCGAGGCAACAAGUGGUUUGUCUACCACCACUACUACCGAAGCCACAACUGGUUUGCCUACAACAAAAACGAGCGAGGCCACUACUGGUUUGCCAACCACCACAACGAGCGAAGCAAGUACUGGGUUGCAUUCCAGCACUGCUACCAAAGCCAAUACUGGUUUGCCUACCACCACUACUACCGAGGCCAUCACUGGUUUCAAAACACCCAUUAUUACGGUGGCCACCACUGCUUUUCCUACCACUACUUCUACUGCGGCCACUACUUGUUUGCCUAUCACUUCUACUACCAAGGCAACUACUGUUUUGCCUAUCACCACUACUACCGAAGCCACAGGUAAAAAGGGCACUAUUGGAUUGCCAACAACCACUACUACCGAGACCACUACUGAUUUGUCAACCACAACUACUACAGAGGCCACCACUGGUUUGCCUAGCGACACUUCUACAGAUGCUACAGGUAAAAAUGGCACAACUGGUUUGCCAACAACCAUUUAUACCGAGACCAGUACUGGUUUGCCUACCACAACUACUACAGAGUCCACCACUGGUUUGCCUACCACCACUACUACCGAGGCCACCACUAAUUUGCGUUCCACAACUACUUCUAAAGCCACCACUAGUUUGCAUACCACUACUACUACCGACGCAUUUUUUGGUUGGCCUUCUAUCACUUCUACCGAGGCCACUACUGUUUUGCCCAGCACCACUUCUACAGAUGCCACAGGGAAAAACGGCACUACUGGUUUGCCUACCACCGCUUCUACCGAGACCACUACUGGUUUGCCUACCACAACUACUACAGAGGCCACCAAUGGUUUGCCUACCACCACUACUACUGAGGCCCCUACUAGUUUGCCUACCACUACUACUACUACCGAGACCAUCAGUGGUUUGCCUACCACCACCUCUACCGAGGCCACUACCGGUUUGCCUAUCUCCACUUCUACCGAGACCACUACUGGUUUGCCUACCACCACUUCCACCGAGGCCACUACUGGUUUGCCUACCACCACUACUACCGAGGCCACUACUGGUUUGCCUACCACCACUACUACCAAGGCCACUACUGGUUUGCCUACCACCAUUACUAUCGAGGCCACUACCGGUUUGCCUACCACCACUACUACCAAGGCCACUACUGGUUUGUCUACCACCACCUCUACCGAGGCCACUACCGGUUUGCCUAGCUCCACUUCUACCGAGACCAUCAGUGGUUUGCCUACCACCACCUCUACCGAGGCCACUACUGGUUUGCCUACCACCACCUCUACCGAGGCCACUACCGGUUUGCCUAGCUCCACUACUACCGAGACCAUCAGUGGUUGGCCUACCACCACCUCUACCGAGGCCACUACCGGUUUGCCUAGCUCCACUUCUACCGAGGCCACUACUGGUUUGCCUACCACCACUACUACCAAGGCCACUACUGGUUUGCCUACCACCAUAACUAUCGAGGCCACUACUGGUUUGCCUACCACCACUACUACCAAGGCCACUACUGGUUUGCCUACCACCACUACUGUCGAGGCCACUACUGGUUUGCCUACCACCAUUACUAUCGAGGCCACUACUGGUUUGCCUACCACCACUUCUACCGAGGCGAAUACUGGUUUGCCUACCACCACUACUACCAAGGCCACAUCUGGUUUGUCUACUACCACUUCCACAGAGGCCACCACUGGUUUGCCUUACACCAAUACUUCCGAGGCGACUACUGGCUUGCCUUACACAAUCUCUACCGAGGCCACCACUGGUUUGCCUACCACAACUACAACCGAGGCCACCACUGGUUUGCCUACCACAACUACAACCGAGGCCACUACUGGUUUGCCUACCACCACUACAACCGAGGUCACUACUGGUUUGCCUACCAUCACUACUACCGAGGCCACUACUGGUUUGCCUACCAUCACUACUACCGAUGCCACUACAAGUUUGCCUACCAUCACUACUACCGAGGCCACUACUGGAUUCCCUACCAUCACUACUACCGAUGCCACUAAUGGAUUCCCUACCAUCACUACUACCGAUGCCACUACAAGUUUGCCUACCAUCACAAAUUACGUGGGCACUACUGGUUUGCCUACCACCACUACUUCUGAGGCCACUUCUGGAUUGCCUACCAUUAAUACUACGGUGGCGACUUCUGGUUUACCUACCACCAGUUCGAACGAGGCCACUACUAGUUUGCCUACCACCAUUACGAGCGAGGCCACAACUGCUUUGCCUACCACCACAACUACCGAUGUCACUACUAGUUUGCCUACCACCACUACUAGCGAAGCCACUUCUGCAGAAUUCACUGCUGUGCCUUCAAACACAACCACACGGAUCACUUCUGUCUUGCUUUCUUCCACUUCUACAAAGGCUACUACAUUCUCGCCUACCACGACUACUACAAUUGUCACUUCUUCCUUGCCUUCCACCAAUUUUCCAACCAUGAAGCCAAAUUUGGUGAGCGCAGUGGUUGUGUUUAACUUCACACUUGUGAUCCAAGCAGAGUUUACAGACAAGCUCGGUCAUGAUGUCAACUUUAAUGCCAAUUUUAGGAGUCUGCUGAUGAAGACGAUGUUUAAUAACAUUCCACAUGUAAACUUCACAGUCAGUUACAGUGCAGGAAGUAUACGGUGUCACAUAGCGACGACAGUGCCACAAGAGAAACCGGGGAUCGCACAUGAAACCGUGAAGGCACUAGAAGAUAUCCGAAUCAAUACUAACGUCGCAAGAAACGUCAUUGCCACAAAUCUGACUCACCUUUUAACAAAGGUCCUCCAUAUCAAUAUCAGCGAGGACGCUAUUGGAGUCAACAACUUUGUGGAAGAGAUAGCGGGAGAAAAGGAGGCAUACGAACAGUCUCCCGACCCCUGUUCCUACUUUCGGUCAGACGUGUGCCCGACCACCGCCUACUAUUUCACGUGCGCAGGGAAUGGAUCACCAUCGUGCAGACACAAAUGCGAGGGGCCGAAUGGGCAGGGCUUAUGUGGGGAUCAUGGCACGUGCUUCUUUGGUCUCCAAGACAAGGCACUGGCUUGCAAGUGCGAGGUGACAUCAUGGCACGUGUAUCACGGCGCGCAAUGUGAGCAGACGACAGCGACACUUUGGUUCGUGUUGGCGGUAUCUCUUGGUACAGGAAGUGCUUUCCUGCUGAUUCUUGUAACCAUCAUUAUUUGGCUCUGCAUACGCCGCCGACGAGAUAAAAAGACGCACGGCGUCAGUCUGUCUGAUGACUUGGACUGGGAAUUUUUUGGGUCCGGAGGGAUUGGGACGCUUAGGGACCUCAGUUUCCGGUCACGCCCCGAUAAGACGAGCCCCCUUUACGGCCGAUUCCACAGACAACCGGGACAUGUCAAUGAGACAUUUGAACCGGUGUUCAGCGGAAGUGGCCGACGGCGGGCGGGCAUGUACCUCCCGACAGAACAAGAAGCUGGCGCCUCAAACGUGCCUUCCUUUCUUCGUAUCGACACCACCGCUGACUAUUCCAUACAACGACCGACAGUUUCGCACGAACCAUUGGGCGCCUACAGAAACCUCUACUCAGAUGCAUAUAACACAGAGUUUCCGACAGACACACGCCCUAAGCCAUCAGCUUCUAGCAUGGACAUUUGAACAAUGCUUUAGUUACCAUGACACUGGAAGUUUAAUAUAAGUUGCGCGCGCAUAACCAGCUGGCCUGAGCAUGCGCAAACAUAUUAUAGUGCUUUGGUACAUUUUGUGUCAUUAUCAUUGAAGCAUAUUGUGAUAUUCCCUUUAUUGUAUUUCGUUUGACGGGGAAUAUAACC